AUGGAGUCCAACCAGCAACCGCACAGCGGCGCGAUAUCGAGAGGCUCUGCAUGGUGCGUAACUAAUCAUGGCCGUCGAUACAGACUAAUCAGAUCCAAGGCUAGUGUGAACAUGUUCUGGCUCAUCCGAAGGACGACAUCCACCGUGUGGAGAGGCCGCAGCACCAGUGACCUGCGCGUGAACUAGUUUAUAAUGGGACGAACUCUUGCAGCAUCCACCCCACUCUAUCCUCCCUCAUUCGCCGCUCCGUGGGCGGGAUGAUGUUGAACAAACGGAGACGGAGGUCGGACUUAGUGGUUGACAAAGCCGAACGGUUAUCUACGCGUGCCACGCACGAUCUGACAUCCACAUUAUGCAUCGGACUUGCGUGGGGGGCGGCUCGGGUCUCGCGUUAAAUUUCUUACAGUGGGGAAUGCGUUGACUUGGCAUGGGAUGAGUUUCCGAGGGUCAGUCUAACUAUCUCUUCCCUCUCCUAUGCAUCAGUCGACUGUCCGAGCCUGUCAACUGACGAAAUUUGACGCAGUGGCUGACAGAGCUAGACGCCCAGUCUACGCGUACCACGCACGAGCCGAUCACUCCUUACCAGAAUAAAUCAAAGGGCGCGCUUCCCACCUGUGUGAGAUGUGAAUGUACCGACAUGUAACAGUGCGAUGGCCAUGCCAGCGACGGAAAAGGGGAUCGCAUGCUUGCCGCCCGAAAGUGUAUGAUUAUUACUGGUUAUGGCGCGUGGAAUGGAGGGGAUGUGUGUGUGGGCAGGUAGGGGGUUGGGGUUUUGCUUUCUCGGCAGAUUUUCAUUGAAGCGUUCGUGGCUGAAUGGGCCCACUCGAUGACCGAUUAUCUGGCACUGGUGACGGAUGUGUGUCGGGGCUGCAGACACUGUUUCACCUGUCUCCAUACGAUGGAUUCACAAGCGGCCGGCCAAGCCAAUGUCCGAUGAGGAAGUGCGAUCACAGUGGUUGCAGGUUGGACUUGAGUCAACAUUGUCGGUGGUAUUGGGCAAUAACUAUAGGUUUUCACUAAGGCAUGUGUGUCCACAUUGGCUUCGCUAGUGGUGGCAGUGGCGGUGAUGCGUUGCGAGACAAGAGACCGGUUAGUCUUGAUGACAUUGCACUGGGUCCGCAGGUGUCCAACUGAGCUAAUCCGUGCCCAGAAUGUCCACUGACAGUGUGGACACGAUUGCAACCUUUGGGUGUUGGCGUCAUUGUUCCAUGGCACUUGAGUCCUGCUGGUCUCUCUAGCUGCCUUUACAGCGCCUAUUCGGUUGCCUCCAAAGAUGGCCAUUCUAGUCAUUACGACAGUGCUCCAUGUCUGUCAAUCUUGAAUGAGGUCUUCCCAGGCCUCUGGAGGUAUUUGCAGGUGUCUUCAUAAGGUUUUAAAGACGUCAUUUUAGCAACGCUUUUAUUUGCCUUGUCUGCGACCACCCGUGACUAUGUCGCGGGAGACACCGAUUGUCCGUCCUCACAACGUGGCCACUCCAUUGCAGUUAUAUCUGUCCCAGCAUGGUAUGGAUACUGAGGACGCCGACCCUUUCCAGAAUCUCAUCAUAUGGGAUCCUUUCGUGGUCCCUAUAUUCUUUGGGGGCAGUUGAGGCGAAGCCGGUUGAGUCUUCUUGCCUGACUCUCAUAAACCUUAUGCGUCUCUGCCCCGUGCACGAAUGUUUUCAGGACAAUAGCCCCUCAUAUCUUCAGUUUUCUGCUUGAGUAGGGUGCUACGACGGCCCUGACGGAGUGUUUUAACUGGCCGAAGGCUUGCCUGGCCUGAUUUAUCCAACCCUCCAAAACACCCAUCGCUAGCCAAGCGGUUUGGGUGAGCCUUGUCAUCAAGCUUGUUCCAACUGCACUUCAUCUCUUUUGAACAAAAUGCACAUUUCUUUCGGAGGGUAAGACUACCGACAAAGACGAGAAAGAAAAAGAGAGAGAGAGAGAGACUGGAAUGGUCACUUCUGGCUUUUUAGCCGCCACCAACCAACCGUACUCAAUUCCUGGUCUGAAACCGUUAGCGAUCGAGUCCUCGAUCUCUUGAGAAAAAUUGGUCAGAUGUGGUAAUAUAGCCCCACCUGAGGCAACCAAACCCCAGCCACCUGUGAUACGGGACCGGUGGUAAUAGGGCUUUUUGCAGGUGAGGCCGGGGGACGCACAGGCGACGAGGUCAAGCAAUUGUAUGCAAAAUAAAACCUAGGAGGGAUGCGCGGUUGCACUUUGAGUGGUUGAGAAAUAGUUGCCCUAGCCCCUAACACUAAGCCCUGACCCCUAACCUUAAUCCGAACCCCAACCCAUAACUGCUGCCCUAAACCCUAACCCAGCAGUAUUAUGUACAUAACCACAUCUUACCGAAAAAUUCCCACACCCUAACCAGUCAGCCACGGGCCUGUUAUCCUGUCGAUUGCGAUCGGGUAUAAUGAAAACUCGACGCGGGAUCUACUCGUCCCGCUCUGUCACGGGGCUUAAACUCGAGCCUCGUAGGCAGUCGCACAGCGACGCGGAUUCCGUGGCUCAGUGGAGGGGGGCGUUGAACAGCAGGUCGCGGAUCCGAGCCUCGAGUAUUGCACACCUCGGGGGGGGGGGGGUAUGGUUGGACGAUGACGGCAAACAGGCCAGAAAUGGCCACCCUAGUCUCCCUUCUCCUUGUCAGUAGUUCUUCCCUGUAUGUACCGUUAGUCGCUGCGGAGCUUUAGAUCGAGCCCCACGCACGACAGUCCCGUAACGCGAUCGGUGAACGCACCUCCACAAUUACAGAUUUCUCGAUAAUAUCGCCUAUAUUCUUUUUCGACUGUUGGGGGUCCUGACCCGAGGUCUGUAGUGUUCAAGAUAUAUACACGGCUCUAACUGCUGCGACAGGGCCCUAGAAGCACAAAUUGGCAGUGGAUGACUCACGCAGAACGCAUGGAAAAAAAUAACUAACAUCCGCGAGCGUCAUUGGCAGUCGGAACGAUAUGAUAAUGCUCGCGGGAAUCGCCAGUGUCUAUCUGUCUGUCUGCAUAUCGCGGUGGUCAUUGCUCCUUCCAUUGUUAGUUGGAGAUCACUCUAUCACCUCUGUCAACGUUCUAACUCUCUUGCUUUUGCCUGUUUGCUAAAAACUUAUUUUGUCUCGGAUUACUUAAGGGUUCAGGAUUGUUUUUUUUUCGAAGUCGACAAAGCAGUUCCAGACCGUACUUUCCAGGCAGUCCUAGUCAAAGGCAACUGUCUGGUUUCAUUCCUUGUCGACGGCAGCACUAUUGUGUAAAUUUUCGACUCACCCGAAGGCCGCCACUUCUAAAGUGACCUCCAGGACUCACUUGCACGUGCAGUGCACUUUAUUAAGUCUGCCUAUGCGGUCGAUACUUUGAACUUGUAACCAUGAUGGCGGCUCGUGCCACGGGCGGACACGAAUUAGACGCUUUUCGGCACUUCUCAUUGGUAGUUGUUCCAAUUUUACAGAGCGGUGACCGCAAAAGGCCCGCAGGACAUCCACGGCGGCGGCGGCGGCGGCGGCGGCGGCGGUGGUGGUGGUGGUGGUGGUGGUGGUGGUGGUGGUGGUGGUGGUGGUGGUGGUAGCGGCAGCGGCAGCAGCCGCGAACCUUUCCGCCGCCUGGGGUAG